AUGAAUGACACGGUAACUAUCCGGAAUAGGAAAUUCAUGACCAACCGACUGCUUCAGCGGAAACAAAAGGUCAUUGACGUCCUUCGCCCCGGAAAGGCAACAGUACCUAAGACAGAAAUUCGGGAAAAACUAGCAAAAAUGUACAAGACCACCCCUGAUGUCAUCUUUGUAUUUGGAUUCAGAACCCAUUUUGCACGUGGCAAAACAACUGGCUUUGUCAUGAUUUAUGAGUCCUUGGAUUAUGCAAAGAAAAAUGAACCCAAACAUAGACUUGCAAGACAUAGCCUUUAUGAGAAGAAAAAGUCUUCAAGAAAACAGCUAAAGGAACGCAAGCAUAGAAUGAAGAAAGUCAGGGGGACUGCAAAGGCCAAUGUUGGUGCUGGCAAAAAGUGAGCUGGAGAUUGGACAACAGAAGUAAAUAUUCUGC